AUGGACGGCAACAGUCGUGAUGCGUCCUCGCCCUCGCCCUCGGAUCAGCCACCGUCAGAUCCCUCCUCCUCCCCUUUGCAGCCUGAUCAUGUCUAUCUGAGAGUAAUAUACUUGGUCACUGGGGAUCCAAGGCCACCUCACAAUCUGGGACAGGUUGAUUUGAAUACUACCGUCUCGGCUUUGAAGGACAGGAUCCAGCAUGACCUCCUGGAACACCCAGCUCCCUCUGAGCAACGUCUCAUAUACCAAGGAAGACCUCUUCUGCGGAACGAGGCAACCUUGCGAGAAGUCCUCCGACUCGAGCCCGGCGCUGCAGCUGGUCCUCUACCAUAUACAAUCCAUAUCGUAAUCAACUCCCGUCAAGAUGCGGUCCCUCCCACCGAUCCUCCGAAUGCGCUCAGAAUCCCCUCCCCCGAAGCUCCUCAGCCUACAGAACGCCUCAAUCCAUUCAGAGCCGUUGAGACAUCUGCUGCCAGGCUUCAAGAGUCGCUUGCUCGAAUUCAGCAACAAAUUGAGGUGAACAGGGCCGAUUUGAUGAACGUGCAACAGAGAAUAGGGCUCCAGCAUCAUAACAUACAUCACAAUGUGCAUCUUAAUGCUCAUCAUAACGCGCAUCACAAUUUGCACCACAAUGCGCACAUUGGACAACCCAUUCCCAUUGUUCCGGCUAUUCAAGUAGAGGUGAAUGGUCAAGCCUUGCUUACCGCGCCGACGAAUCUGCGCGUCAACGCCGGGCAAGCGCUGGAGCAACAGCCUACCGAUCGAGGUCUGCCACCAAUCCCCUGGAUUCACGCUCAUAACGUUCGAGCUCAUGGUCAGGCAGUUCCAGCGAUGUUCAGGAACCCCGCGGUGCCUCCUCUCGCAUCUCAACCUGCGCUCACACCUCAACCUCCCCAGCCGGCAGCAAGGGCGAGUCCACGGCCAGAUAUUCAAGCAUCGCAGGGACCGAACGGCACUCCCACAGCUACUGAGAGACGUCCCACCAAUAUGGGGAUGCCGCUCCAGCAAAAUGCUUCUGCGUCUGGUAAUCAGCAGCACCCACCCCAGCCCCUCCUCCAGCCUCAACUCUUCGCUGGCGGGCAGCCUAUAUCCGGCACGAUCAUGGCACCUCAUCUUGCAGCCCACCUUCCAACGCCCUUUUCUCGGACUGCGCCAGGACAGAAUGCUCCAUCGAGCACCCUCGCAUGGAUAAUAUCAUCGCCUAGAGGUCCAGAAGGGUUGCUGUUUGCCCCAGGCCAUGGUUUCUAUACCACGACACAGCUGCAGCAACCUCGACAGUCCACAACUCGCAGUGCUACAGAGGCGCCGCUACCUGGCAGUCAACCCACCCCAGCGGUGCCACCCCCAGUGGGAGAAGAAAACGCACCACAGAAUAUCAAUGCCCGCAGAGCACAGCCCAGAAGAGACGCGAGACCUGAUGUGCCAGCUUUGGCACAAGCCCGGCGGAACGAAGCUGAUAAUGAUUUGUUCGCAUUCUUGAUCCGGCGAGGCUGGCUAUUCUUACGCCUCUACCUCUUCAUGUUUGUUUUCUCAGAACCAGGGACUUGGAAGCGGUGGGCUCUGAUUGUGAUUGCGGCCGUUGUUUGCCUUCAACCCAGGAAUGGGCCUCAUGCACGUGCUCUGACCGCGGCCCGUCAUCAUCUUGACAAUCUGAUUGCUCCACGUCUCCAGCCUGUGCCUGCUGCCCAGGCACGGCAACAGGCUCAGGCCGACCCUCUCGGAAAUGCGGGAAAUGGGGUAGCUGCCCAGCGGCCUGCUAACAUCCGUGGCGCGGUUCAAAUCACUCCCGAGGAAGCCGCAGCGCGUCUCAUUCGGCAGAAUCAAGGUGAAGGCCCUGCUUCCUGGAGAGCUGCGGCUUACCGCAUUGAACAAAGCAUCGCACUGUUUCUGGCAAGUCUAAUACCCGGCGUUGGUGAACGACAUGUCCGUGCAAGGGAAGAGGCUAGAAGAGAAGCUGAGCGACUUGAACAAGAGAGAGUCCGGGCUGAAGAAGAGACAGUUGCGCGUGCGCAGACCGAGAUUGGGGAGGCGGAGCAAGCUAGCGAGACUGUGAACGAGGCCGCAACUUCGCCAACGCAAGAACCGAAGUCUAAUCUGCCGCAUGAGCAGAGCAGUUCGAGCUCCGUACAGGUUCGUGAGAGUCCAGCAGAGACAGAAGGAUUGCGGAACAGGAACAAUUGA